ACUCUCCAACUCGCCGUUUGGUGUAGGAGCAACCGACAUUUUCGCGGCCGGCACGCGUCUUAUUCCGUGGUGACGGAAUAACUCCAGGUUGUUUCGUCGUUUGGAUUGCAUAAUAACGUUUCAGCGUGAGAACUACGUAAGAGACUGCGGUGGGUUUUUUUUUUACCACAAGAAGAAAAGAGAAGAAGGAAGAUGGAGACAUCCAUCAGUCGAGUCUAUUCGGAAUUUUCGUUCCAUUUUGUCAGUGUUUAUCAACGACUUGUCCAAUUUUAUGGAUGGUGCAUGAGUCGAGCAGAUCCACGCGUAGCCAAAUGGCCGCUGAUGGCGUCACCGGUGCCAACGCUACUAAUCGCCAUGGCCUACCUCACGUCCGUUUAUUACGGCCGAAAAUUUAUGGCUAAAAGGAAACCUUUUUCCAUAAGGGGUAUUUUGAUACCAUACAAUUUGGCCAUGGCGUUGCUCAAUCUUUACAUUGGACUUGAGUUGGCCACGACGCAGCAUAGGAAGCAAUAUAAUUGGUUGUGUCAGCCAGUGAAUUACUCGGACGAUCCCGACGAAAUUCGGAUCGCAUCAGCCUUGUGGUGGUACUAUUUUUCUCGUUUGGUUGAGAUGAUGGACACCAUCUUUUUAGUGAUGCGCAAAAAAUGGCAGCAAUUGACUUUUCUCCACGUUUAUCAUCACUCGACAAUGUUCAUGCUCUGGUGGAUAGGAGUGAAAUGGGUUCCCGGUGGCUCAGCUUUUUUUGCUGCAAUGGUCAACAGCUUCAUACAUGUUGCCAUGUACCUGUACUAUGCUCUGGCUGCUUGCGGUCCAAAAGUCCAAAAGUAUCUCUGUUGGAAAAAGUACCUCACUAUUCUUCAGAUGGCACAGUUUGUCUCAGCUUUGGUUCUUGGUUUAAGAGCCUUGGUCUAUGGCUGUGACUUUCCCCUUUGGAUGCAGUAUGCACUAGUGGUCUACAUGUCUUCUUUUCUCUUCCUGUUUGGCCAAUACUACAGGAAUGCCUAUCUUCAAAAGAAACAGCAUUCACAGAAGAAAAACAGAUAGAAAAGUCAUCAGAGGCUCAUUCUUUCAACGACUCUGUCAAUCACUUAAAACAAAACACCAAUAGGGUCUUUCCAGGUUUCAUUAAUACUCUUUGUGUACGUUUGAAUCUCCUUCUUAUAGAAAUAAAUGAUCAAAAAUCAA